CUGUAUCUAGCCUGUAUGUACUACGCAACUUCCGCUAACUCGCUACUGACCAAAAUGGACGCCUUUGUGUCUGUUUUCCUCGUAUUCACACUAUAAAUACUGUUUUCACUGCGAUGGAUCCCCUUUGACAUGGCGAUGUUUGCGCGGUACCGCGAGAAACAUAAGUGAAAAUCGUGACACGCCACGAAUCGAAGUGCAUUCCUUGGUGAUCGACGAGAAAACCCGUCCAACCAAAUAGGCCAGAACUACGGAUGACAAUUGAGUGAAUAUCGUUUCACGACGAAAACUUUUUCGAACGGACUCGCACGAACUGAGUUGUUGUUUUUGGCAAAUGUGUAAAUACCGACGAUUUCCACGCGUCGAACAACACUGGGAUCUUGGAUAUUGAUACACCUCCCGCCAAAAUUCCAUUCACUACUCGCAUUCUGCAGUAUAAAUAAUCGCUGUUGGAUAGCCAGUGGAAUUGAGCACACUUGGGAGAUUUCCAGCCUGUAGCAACCUGGUUAAGGCCAUGUUAUCAUAUGUAUGAUGUUGGAUGGUAGAUACUCGACAAUUGGAGGACAAAAAAUUAUUGCUAACAAUGGACCGUUUGUUGGAGGAUCCACGUGCUUCAUCAAAAUUUGGUUGAUAAUCGCUACUGCAUCAUGGGAACUUAAAAGAGACUUUGUUAAGUUCCCAAUAUAUGCCUUAGUGCUAGUGUUCUUUAAUAAGCGUUAGGUACAAUUCUCCUUGACAGUGAAAGAUCUUUUAUGUCGGGAUGCCUUGAAAAUGCGAGUGUAAAGAUUUUAACAAUGAUUUCUUUAAGCAUUCGUGGAAACAGUGCAUUUAGAUAUGUUCUGUUGAUUUAUAUUUAUCAUAUACUGUGAAUAAGACAUUUUCUAAUAUGUCAGUGCUGUGUUUGUUACGUUGGAUAAUUCUAUGAACCUCAAGGUACAUAUAAGGAGACUGGACCUAAUUUCAAUAAUAUUUUUUGUCCAGGCUGUAAUGCCAGAACAAGUCAAAUUCAAGAUGAACGGGGUUAUACCGAGUGUGCCAAUCACAACUCUCGCUGGUAUUGCGAGUCUUACUGACUUGUUACCUGAAAUGCCCCUUCCAACACCGCUGCCUCAGACUUUAACUAACAAGUCCCUUUUAUUUCAUCCAAGAGUGGCAGAGGAAGCACAAAUAUUGCUAAGUGUUCGUAAUGAAAACUUAGUACCGCAAUUAAUAUUAUCUUUAUCUCAAACCUCAUCCGAUCAUAUUGAACUGAAAGAUAAUUAUGCAAAUGCAGAACAGCCUUUGGAAACUGAGCAAAAUACGCCGGAGUUACUUAAGGCAAUUUUACAAAUAAAUCCGCAUGUGUUUAAGGGGCCUCAAUACAAUUCACCACGAAACUGGGCCCAAGGCACACCUAUGAUGCAUACCAAUCAAACAUCCGCUAAUUACGAACGAUUUUCACCAUCCUACUCGAGUUCUUCAGGGUCGAGACAAACGCCUCAAGGUAGUCCAGCUCAUCCUGCUGCUGCUAGAACAGUGCUACCCCCGCCUACCGGCAUAAACCCUAUACCCAACAUGACUCCGCAACCAAAUAUGUAUUCUCCAGCACAUAUGAGUUCUCCUGGGACGCCGUUAACAACUCUCGGUAAUGUAACACCUCAACACCACAAUAUGGCUGGUAUGACACCUCAACAUAAUAUGCAUAUGGCAUCUCCUAUGCGUGCUAAUAUACCUUUGCAACAACAUCAACCUAUUAAUAUCCAGCAAAAUAUGUACGAUCCUAUAAUGAAUCAACAAGUACAUCAUCCAUUAGGAAAUCAUCAACCAAUGGACAUUGAUAGUACAGUGCAAGAAAAUCAGCAGUUUUUACUCGAUCCAGUCACAGGUCUUCCUGACAUUGAUAUACCCAUAGAAAAUAUCGAAGCGAAACAGCAGAGCAUGGAUAACGUGACGCAACAUCUGUUAUCUACAACGGAAACCACGUCUUAUCCAAGCAUGGAUACCACCGACAUGGUAAAUACAUUAAACACCACAACGCCAGUAAUACAACACCAGCAGAACAACAAUUCGGAAAAAGGGAUGAAAAUACCCGUUUCUUUGCCGGAGAAACUAAAAGAGCCGAUUGUCAUGUUGGACAGACUAUCCUUAGCAGAUCAAGCUUUGAUGCAGAAGAGUCUAACCGCGUUUGCCGAGAAGUCGCCAAGUCGGGCCGCGAAGAUGGGCAUUUCUAAUCGUGAAGAUGUAAAAUCUGAGUCUGAUAGCGAGGAAGAAAUCGGUAAAAAUAAUAAAUAUUUUAAAGCACGCGCGAAAGAGCGUCAGGUUCAAAGGGAAAAAGAGAAAGCUGAGAGGAAGAAGAGCGAAGAUAAAACGCGCAGACGAAAAAGGAUAAUAGAUGACGAUGACGAAGACGAGAAGAAAGAAUCUUUUACACCCACGAAACCAAAAAUCCGCAAAGUAGAAAAGAAACUCGUUCCUGUAUUGGCGAAACUUAGCGUGGAGGAGCUGAUGGAAACUAAUACGUAUCAACGUUUCAAUACAACCAUAGAAACGAUAUUUGAAAACACAGAAGACGUAGCAACCAAUGCCGAAUUGGAUGAUGAUGGUGAUGUGCCUCCAGAAUUAUUAAUUCCUAAAUACCAAUUACACGAUUUGUGCACAGAAGCAGCUAAAUUGAAAGCAUUAGGAGCAAUGGAGUCAAUUCCAGCAGAUAGAUUGGUUAGACUGUUAAACAUUUUAGAGAAAAACAUUCGGGAUGGAGCCAAGGUGUCUCCAUUGGCAGAUCCGGACGACGAUGUUGAUGAAAGUCGAUUAUGGACACAGCUGGCCAUGGAGAGAGUACAACGUGCCGUGGAUGCGUCUUUAAUUGCAUUACACAUCAUGACUUCUAACAACAUGCCAAAAAUGGUCUAUCUGGAAGAUGUGAUCGACAGAAUAGUCCUUUUCAUGAAGUUUCAGUUGCAGAAUACUAUUUAUCCUUCAUUCGAUCCGGUUUAUAAAAUAGAUACAAAAAACAAGACUGACAAUUAUAAUUCUAGUGGUCGUAAGAAAAGAGGCCAUAUGAAAGAAGUCCGUGAGAAGAGUAUCCUUCAAGUAUACAACAAAAUGCACGAAUUGGUUGGUCUUCUCGCUGAACUAUUAAACAUUCAGGUUCUAACAGAUACUAGUGUCCUUCAUGCCUCUACAUUAGGUGUCGCGCCAUUUUUUGUUGAAUCUGUUAGUGAUCUUCAAUUGAGCGCUUUAAAAUUGGUCACGAUAAUAUUUACUAAGUACGAGAAGCAUAGGAGAUUGUUGUUAGAUGAUAUUUUGGCGUCUAUAGCUCGACUUCCUAGCAGCAAAAGGAGUCUAAGAACUUACAGGUUAAAUUCUGAAGAUCACAUACAGAUGUUGACAGCGUUGGUCUUACAGUUGAUUCAAUGCGUUGUUGUAUUACCCGAAAAUGUAGUCCCACAAAAUAAGAAGUCACAAGACGAUGAAGAGAAGAAGGAAGAGAAAAAAACAAAUCACGUAGAUGCAGAUGUCCUGAUCAUAAACAAGUACGAAACCGCCACCAGAAUAGCGGGGAAUUUUUUAACGGUAUUUCUGAACAAAUGCGGCAGCAAAGGUGAGGAAAUUGAUUACAGGCCACUGUUCGAGAAUUUUGUGCAAGAUUUGUUGGCCACAGUCAACAAACCCGAAUGGCCAGCGGCUGAGUUGCUUCUGAGUUUACUUGGAAACUUGUUGGUAGGUCAUUUUUCUAAUAAAAGUUCAGAUAUGGCGCUCAGGGUGGCCUCCAUCGAUUACCUCGGCGUUGUCGCAGCCAGAUUAAGGAAGGACGCGGUAAGUUCUCAAUGCAAGCUAUCUACUAUUGACCAGAUCAUAAAGGAUAUCAAGAUUGAACAACAAAAGGAUUCUGAUUAUGAUCAGGUGAAAGAUAAAGAGAUUGUAGGUUUGAGCGAGGACGAAGAACGGACUGGUUUUUUACAGAAAGUGCUCCUAGACUACUUGGCUGUAAACGGAACCAAGGACUCUGCCUUAGGUUACGCCCGCCAUUUCUAUCUAGCGCAAUGGUAUAGAGAUUGUGCGUUAGAAAAAUCCAGGGUUGGUCAGGUAAAAAAUAGUCCCAGUAAGAAAAUGCAUAAGAAGAGAGUGAAAAAGAAACACAAGCACCACACGAGUGAUCAGGAAUCAAAAUCAGAAUUAGAUGAACCUGAUGCCGACGAAAAUGACAAUAACGAACAAAAGUACUCAGAAACAUACCGAAUCAUAGAAGAGAAAAAGAAGUACAUUAUAAGUAGAAUAAGGCCGUACAGCACUGGCACAAAACCGGAUAUUCUUCAGACCUAUAUCGAUUAUAAUUCAGCAGAACUGAUAUCACAGUAUCUCGCUUCGAAAAGGCCGUUUUCGCAGAGUUUCGAUCGAUACCUGAAACAGAUCCUACACGUGCUCACAGAGUCAUCUAUAGCGAUCAGGACAAAGGCGAUGAAGUGCCUGACGAUGAUCGUUGAAGCGGAUCCAAGCGUUUUGGCGCGAGUGGACAUGCAGCUGGGCGUAAAGCAUUCGUUUCUAGACCAUGCGACGUCGGUGCGCGAGGCAGCCGUCGAUCUGGUAGGAAAAUUUGUACUAAGUAGGCCCGAAUUAAUAGAUAAAUACUACGACAUGCUAUCAGCUAGAAUUCUUGAUACUGGCGUUAGCGUUCGUAAGCGUGUAAUCAAGAUUCUCAAGGACAUCUGCAUGGAGUGUCCUGAUUUCCCCAAGAUCCCGGAGAUCUGCGUGAAGAUGAUCAGACGAGUGAAUGACGAGGAAGGUAUUAGAAAAUUGGUAAUGGAGGUGUUUCAAAAUAUGUGGUUCACACCAGUCAGAGAACGUCCCACGUUAGAUUCCGAGUCAUUGCUAAGGAAGGUUAUGAAUAUCACGGAUGUUGUGGCAGCUAGUAAAGAUAUGGGUUUGGAGUGGUUUGAACAGCUGCUGGUUAGCUUGUUCAAGCCCAAGGAAGACAAAGACGAUAGUACAAAGAUGAAAACCGAGCCCACAAAGGCAUUAUUGACGGCGUGCAAACAGAUUGUUGAUUGCUUGAUUGAAAACGUUCUUCGAUUAGAAGAGACGAAUCUGGAGGAGUCUGAAAAGUCUGAGAAAAAAGGAUCCUCUCAAAGAUUGGUCGCUUGCUUGACAACCUUGUAUCUGUUUGCUAAGAUACGGCCGCAUUUGCUAGUCAAUCACGCGAUCACGUUACAGCCUUAUUUGAGCUUGAAGUGUCAAACGCAGGGCGAUUAUCAGAUCAUCAGUAGCGUAGCUCACACAUUGGAGUUAGUCGUGCCACUGAUGGAACAUCCUAGCGAGACUUUUUUAGCACAGUUGGAAGAGGAUUCGGUGAAGCUGAUUUUGCAACACGAUAGAUCUGUUGUGGCUAGCUGUCUUUCUUGUUUAGGUUCAAUAGUGAACAAUGUAACCAGAAAUUUUAAAUUAAUACGAGACUGUUUUAAGAAAUAUUACGGACAUCUGACUGAGUACAAAUCCUUUUACGAGAAAGACCCUACAAAUCCUAUGCUUUUAAAGUAUCGGCCUUUUGUCAGGAGAGCAUUAUUCACUGUUGGUUUGUUGCUCAGACAUUUCAAUUUUACCGACCCUGAAGUGAUCGAAGGAUUAGCGGAAAAUAUAAAGGAUCAGGUAUUUGAAACAUUAAAUUACUUUGUGCAUCUGGACAAUGACGAUAUUCGACACUUUACUCUGUCCGCCAUUGGUUCUUUAUGUAUCCGUCAUUACGAAUUUAUGUUGCUUCCUGAGUUAAAGGAACUGUACCAUCAUCUGCUUACAUCGGAAAAUGCGUUGGUUCAUAUGAGGAUUCAGGUACUGAAUAAUGUUGAGGUUUAUCUGCAGGAGGAAGACAAAAGGAUGAUUAAACAAGACAUGGAAUGGGCGAAGAUGUCCAAACAGGAGAACUUAAAAGAAAUGGGGGACGUAUCAUCAGGGAUGGCUAGCACAGUGAUCCAGUUAUACGUGAAAGAGAUCCUAGAAUCUUUUUUGCACGUGAAUAUCAGUGUCAGACACGCAGCACUUAAAGUAAUCCAGCUGAUUCUGGCUCAAGGUCUAGUUCAUCCAGUCCAAAUAGUUCCCUACUUGAUCUGCAUGAGCACAGACUGCGAAAAGGCAGUGAGUCACAGCGCAGACAAGCAACUUCAAGACAUCGAGAAGAAAUAUCCGGGCUUUAUUCAUAUGAAAUCGCAAUUAGGCAUCAAGCUGAGCUACCGGCUGCAGAAGAUCCUGCAGAACGACAUCACGGUAAGAGGAAUGCGAGUAAAAGAUGGCGAGUUCCCUGGUGCACUAAACGGUUUUCUGUACACCAUCCUGAGGAACACGAAGCAACAGAGGAGAGCCAUUGUUUUGUCCUUCCUGAAGCAGUUCGAUGAGUCUGCAAAGACAAGCUUAUCGCAGAUGCUCUACUUAGCUGACAAUCUCGCUUAUUUUACAUAUCAAGUACAAGACGAGCCUCUGUUCAUCAUCCAUCACAUUGAUAUCAUCAUCUCAAUGUCUGGUACAAAUCUGGUGCAGUCAUUUAAAGAGGCGCUGUUACCAAAAGAAGGCAGCAGUCAAUCUCAACUGCAUCAUCAUCAACACCAGCAACAUCAGGCCCAUGCAUCUUGUGGACCAGAUGGACAGCCGCGACCAGACCAGUUGUUAUCAGCGUUAGAAGAUGAAGAGGAUGACGAAGAGGACGAAGAGGCCUUGCUGGCGAGGUUACCAGAAGACACGACGCUGCUGAGGGAUUACAUUACCGCCAGCCAAGGCUUCUUGUUGCUGCUCACUCUAAGGCAGCACUUGAAAGACUUGUACGGCUUCUCUGACCAAAAAAUCGGCCAAUACUCGCCGACAGAGGCAGCGAAGGUGUACGAGAAGGCGGUAAGCCGUAAGAGCAAUCUGCUGUUCAAACCAAAGGCCACUCUGCAGAGACUGAAGGAGGGAGUGAGUAGCGCUGAGCUUGACUCCGAUGGCAGGAGGAAGCUAGUGAAAGAGUACUUGGACUUCAAACAGUUAAUGCUGAAGUUCGACUUGGAAGAACCAGAAGAAGAUACAAACGAGGUAUCUAAUUCGUCCAUCGAGCAUCCGAUCAAUUCGGUGAACUUGAUGAUCGCCAGUGGACUCAUUCCGAUCUCCACGCCGGUCCACGCGUCCAUAAACAUCGUAUCAGCGUUACACAUAGCGGCGUUAUAUGUGUCUAAGCUAACGAUGUAUGAAAACCACCAGGAGGGCACGAUGGAACACCGCAGACAUCGGGCGCACAAAACCGAGAAGGUGAAGAAACACAAAAAGAAGAAAAGGAGAAGAGUCUCCGAUAGCAGCGAGAGUGACGAAGACUACAGUGAUCCUGACCUUUUAGUGUGAGUGCGGUGGUGUGUUCCCGCGUCCAACGUGUACAUAUUACAUACUGCGUACGAGAACCUCUAAAAUAAGUGGCUGAUGUGCGUACUGGUGUGUGUGCGGCGUUUUUUCUUGGUGCGUUUUCCUGUCGAUCGUGAAUGUAGGCGUUCCGUUUUUUCUUCUAUUUGCGUUUUUUUUUUUUUUUUUUUUUUUUUUUUUUUUUUUUCUUUUGUAUGAAUUCGAAUACAGGAAAAGAAAGAAAGAGAGAAAAAGGGAGAGGAAAAAAUAUAUAAGAUAUAUAUAUAUAUAUAUAUUUAUAUAUAUAUAAAUAUAUAUGACACUGAUGUUAUAGGAAAUACCAGUGCCGGACGCUCUGAAAUCGCGACGUAGCCCCAUUGAUCACGGAAAUGGACUAAAACUUUUAGCAAGACUAAUCACAAAAUAAUAAGUAUACAAAAUGUGGAUUAGAAAGGAUACUAAUGUGUACAGAGGACGAUGGUGCUCUGCGGUAAUGCGUGCGAUCUUUCUCUGCGACAUAGUUUGAUUGAACGAGAUUGAGAGAGUUCAAACGAAAGAGAGGUUUUAAGGAUCGAUCAUCUCGAGACGAUCUAUUAGAAUUAUCUGUUGGCUAGGGCAUGUGGUGAAUGCACGUAUUAAGAUUUUCUCGGUUCGUGUUAAACCGUUCGAAAUAUUUCGAUGACGUGACUAGAGGGAGAAACUUGGUUCAGCCACGAGUCGAUUCUCAUAUUUCAAAUGGAAAAAUUCCUUGUAAAACUUUCUUUCGUUUUCCUUUCUUUUUUGUCGUUCUUUUCUUUCCACUGGCAUCAAAACUUUAAUUGCAAUUACAAAAUAAGAAUUUUUAUUUACAAUUCUCGAAACUUAACUUAAAAUUAAGAAAAAUAAAUUUUGUUUAUAGUUAAUACAACAAUUUAUGAAAUUUCUCUAUGAAUAUUAACAUAAGAAAAUUGUAUAAUUUGUUUAUGUGCGUAAUCGUAAUUUAAAGAAUAGAUUUUGAUAGAAUCGACUAAAACGAUGUUGUUGAUACAACACGAACCAAGUAUCUAAUUUAAUAAAGAGGUGAAGCCCGAGUUGUAACGUUUUCUUGGAAUACAUCACGCAUUAUUCGACUAAACGUUGUUAUUGUAAAUAAUAUUAAAUAAUAACACCAAGAUCGAUACGAGAUUUUAGUUUUCUUUUCACGAAGAUAGAUAGAUAGAGUGGCCAGUACUCGGGAUGAUUUGAAUUUUUUUUGAGGAAGGAAUUUGUCAAGAUGUUGAAAAAAUUGGUAUCGUAAAUUUUUGUUUCAAAAUCUCGAAAAAGAAGAAAGAGACAACAGAGAGAAAAAGAUACGAAUCAAAAGAAAACUCGGGAAAACAGGGAUGAUGAGAGAAAGCCAACAACAAUGGGAAACAAAAAAAUCAUAAGAGAAAGAAAGAUCCGCAUAGAAAAAUGGAUUUAUUUAGGCUUACUCCACAGCGAUGUAUUAUAGAGAAGCGUUUAGUUAAAAAAGAUUAAAAGAAGAAAAAAGAAACAAAAUGAAAGAAAACAAACACAUUGCCUAUACAUUAUGAGAGAGAGGGAGAGCGAAGCGAGAGAGAGUGUGUGGUUUGUAAUAUCUGUACAUACAAAUUUCAAGUAAAGUAUCUUAUUUUCUUACAAACUAUAUAGUGAUGACAUUACGAAAGAAUACUUAAAAUUUUGUUGUAAUAUUAAGUAUUUAUUCAGAAUUCAUGUUGUCCCAAUAUAGUUUGCUUUAUGCACACAACUCGUCUUUUGGUGUAAUUGAAUAAACAAAAAAAAAAAACUAUCGUUUUUAUACAAGCUUAGAAGUAAACAAAAUAAAAGCAGAAAACAAAAAAUGUGCAGAAUGAAAAGUAAAAGGAAAGAGGAUACAAGGAUGACGAAGAAUUAAAAGGAAAAGGACGGAUUUAGUAACUUUCGACGGGGAAAUGAACGAAAUUAUUCAUAGGGAUGGGGGUGGAAUGAGAUGAAAGAACAAAGAGAUAAAAAGCCGGGAAGAAAGAACAUUGGAGACUCGUAAAAACGCGCGAUCGAGGGAGGAACUUAAGAUCCUCGACGGGUCACGCAGCUCUUCGACGAUUCGUUUUCUUCGUGAAUCGCAGCAUAUGCGAUUUUGACUAUCCAGGAACGAGAGUAACGGCGUUAGUCUAAGGCGUGUAAGCGUAAGGCGAUUCUCAUCGAUUGUCCCUAAUUCUAGAAAAUGGACCGCGCAACUGUGAUCUUUAGCGAUAUUGAAGCGCGGACAGGUGUGUCGCGGUAUAAUUCGUCUUUUUUAUACGUUUAUAGGAAUUCCAUCAGACAUCAUUAACAUAAAAACAUUAUUGAAACAGAGCAGUUCAAGGUAUCUCGUUGUCCUGGAUGGUCGAAUAUUACAUUCAAUACAUUCACAUACAUAUAUGCAUAUUCCAGGUCUAUGGUCUGGUUAGCGAUUAAAUUAUUAAUCACACGACACCCGAUCGAAUCUUCAUCGAAAGCGAACCAACAUGCGAUAUCAUCAUCCAUAUUCUUUAGAUCGCUAGCUUGAAACGUUUAUGUCCUUACGAGACAAGUACACGAAGGAAACGAGCCGAUCGAUCGAUGAGUAGCUGCAUGAGCCACGAGCCUUGGUUAACGAUCGAAAGAUCGCGACAGACAUGGAUGGAAAGAGAGAAAGAUUAGAGAUUUUUACUUUCUACUGCGAGAACGUUACCAUUUUACGAUCAUUGUCAAUCAUUGUUGCAUUUACAAGUUGGUCGUUCAUUUAUACAGGGAGAAAAUAAAAACAACAGGGGGAAAAAGAAAUAUAAGAAAACGGGAUAUUGCUAGCUGUUCAACGGAUAAAACGUUAGUCCGCGGAACGUUGGCGAACGAUCGCGAGCAGAAUGAUCUACUAGGUGACAUACGCUUCUUUCGUUUUAAUCUCGAUUUAAAGUAGCACUUUAUUGGGGCCCAGAUGUACCUUCAUCUAUAUCUCAUCAAUAAAUCUGGCAGUAAAAGGAGUAUGGAAUUCAUUCGAUUAGUUAUUAAGAGUCUCAACUAUACUCGCAAGGAAUGUACGCGAAUCCUGUUUGUCAAAAAUUCAUUUCUUUUCUUCGUUUAAUGUUUAACAAAAUUUCGUUCGUUUUAUGAAACCUUACAUUUAUGUAUUAAAUUAAUUUCCUUAAUCAUAGAAAUGAGAGACGUUAAAAAUUCGCGUGCAUUUCUUGCUUUUAGAUUAGUCGAACGUUCUCGAAAACCGUCGCGAUUCCUUAGAAACCCAAAAUUGAAAGAUUUGUUCAAAAUGGGAAUCUAUACACUUGGACGAAUCGCUCCCAUCGAUCGCGUUCCCUUUCAUCUUCGCCCGUGCCUUUCAACGGCGCGCGAUUCUUCGCCGAAAGACGAUCGAUCCCGUGUCCGAUUCUUUGCCGUCCUGGAACCGUGUGCAAUGUUAGAAAUUAGAAAAAAAAAAGAAAAUCAUAACUAAGCUAACCGAGCGUCGAAGUCUUGAAAAAAUAAUAGCUCGAGGACGUCGUGAUUCGACGCUGUUCUUGGCGUCCCUGAACGAAGAAAGGGAUACGCACAGUUUUCGAUCGUCAGGACGAGAGUCGUGCGUUCGUUGAAAUUAGCGUCGCGAACUUUUCGAUCAUGCUUGUUCUAUCGAUCGAUACGAAAGAAAAGGAGGAAGAGAGAGAGAGAAAAAAGCGAUAUGGAAGGAGAGAAGAGGAAAAAAAGCAAUUGAACACACACACCUGUUGCAUCUAUAGUUUGUGCAAGUGAAAAAGGAUAUAUAGAGUUGGAACAGAGAGAGAGAGAAUAAACGAGGCGCUGCGCGUGAGGAUAUCGAUGACAAAUAUUGUUAGACGGGAGUUUCAAAACGACUAAACUAAUCGUAGGGAGGAAGAUCUUUGACCUGUACAAAUGUUCAAGUGUGUACAUAUUUAUUAUAAAAAAGAAAAAAAAAACAAAAAAGACGAUGUUAGGUUACGAGGAAGAAAAUGGCGAACAAUGGGAAAGAAAAACGUCAAUCGUCCUACAAUGCUUGUUGCUAUGAAGGAUAAUAAGGGAACGUGAGGAUGAAUACAGUGUGCGUAUGUGUGUUUGUGUAGGCGAAUACAACGGAGAAAUAUGAUCGUAUGAAUGCGCAAGGUGGAAAGUUGAAAGCGUUCAAUUAAACGUUUUAUUGUUCGUUGUAACAAACUUCUAGAGAAACGGUAUACAAUUAUUGAAAAGAAACGAAUUGUAAGCGGUUAUAUUUCUUUGUGCAUAUAUACACAUAUAUAGGCUGACAUAUAUAUGUGUAUAUAUACGCGGCUCGAGGAGAAAGAAAAUCGGAGGAAUUAUCAAUAUUGCUAUAGCGUGACGUUUAAUUCGUAACAGAGCGAAGAUGUGAAUGAUAGGUGGCGUGACUGUGAAUUAUAAUGAUCAUAAUGAUAAUGGUACCUCAUAAUGAUCUGCGAGAAAGGGGUAGCUGAGGAUGUGAACAAAGGAAAGAAGAAAAAAAUACAUGAACAAACAGAAGGAUAAAAUAUGAAUUAUGAACGGUCGACGAAUUUGAUUGAUCUAUCGUACUCAGCACAGUACGAGGCACAUUUGUAUUAUAACAUUAUACAUAUAUAUAUAGUAUAUAUAUUGUAUCACCUAUGUUUUUGUAUUUGGUCAUCUAACGAAAGACGAAGAGGAAAGAAGAAAAAAAUCUACAAAAAAGAAUAUCGAAUUAACGAACAGAAGGUUAAUAGAAAGUAUAUUAUAUAUUUGAGUAAAAUCGUUGAGAAUUGGUAUUAUCCACGACUGACCGGAAGAGGGAAGCAGGAAAUCAUCUUUUUCGUCCUUAUAUAUUUACUUAUAUAUUUGUUUAAGUUUGUCUCUCUUCGUUCGUUCUCUCCGAUCCUUCUACGUAUGUUUCUUUCCACGUUCAAUAUAUUCACACAGAUACACGUGCGCGCGCGCGCGCGCGAUCGCUCAGGUAACGUGAGGUUUGGGUGAGGGGAGAGGGUUAAAUUAAUUAGUUAAUUGAUUAAUUGAUUAUUAACAGUUCAUUCUGAGCAGUCGAAUAAAUUAACGGUCCUGGAUAAAGCCAACGCUCUUUUACUCAUAACUUAUUAUGUACAUCGUCUGAAAAAAAACCGGUACGUUCGUAAAAGAAAAAUAAACUUAAGUAUAUAUCAA